AUGCAACACUCGGGUGUGAUGAGCUCGGGAGCCCCGGUGACGGCGCCUGACACCACCCUGGAGGUGUGCUGCGUGGUCAUCGCCGAUCCGCAGUAUAUGCCCGAAGCGCUGCACGAGGUGGAGCGGAGGGUGAGGGCGGAGGCGCUGGCGGAGGCGGAGGGAGUGCCCUGUGCCGCGCUGGAGGCCGGGAGCUGGAAGGAGUUUCGCGGGAGCGCGCUGGCCUGGGCCCGUGGGUACCGUUCCUCUCCUCCCUCGGGCUGUGUCCUUCCGCAAAACCUUGGCGUGGUCUCCUUCGUGAGCGGCAUGCUCUCGUACCGUGUGCCGCAGGUGGAGGCAAGGGAGCCCGAGACGGGGAGGAAGAGGAAGGAUUACGAGGAGGAAUGCUAG